AUGAAAGGAGGUGGUUUCAAAUUGAAGCCCUCAAUUCGUUGUAGUUCUGCAAUAAGAAGGCCACCUUAAGAAUUAGCCAUUUUGGAUCUCUAUUAAUAAACAAAUAUAAAUCAUAUUCCUCAACUUGUUUUAACACCAACUUAAAGAAGUCUAAGACAUAGACCUAAAACUGGCAUAAGAAUUACAGAUUAAUAUUAUACAAUGCCAACUAAAGAAAACCAGACAGAUUAUCAUAUGAGACUUAAGACUACUCAAGGUUCUUAAAGAAUAACUUAAUAAUCAACUAAAAAUUAAUUAGAAACUUUAGCAGAUGAUUUAUUUAAAAAAACUAGUAUCAACCAAUUAGAUACUCCUUAAUUAUAUGAAUAGAAAUUUAAAACUUAACCUUUAGAUUCUUUAAAGUAAUAAUUAUCAUUAUAUAUAAUUUAUAGGAUUUUACGUUCUAAUUCUCAAUAACAAAUAAAUAUGACUUACUUACUUCAUCAAUAAAUUUCUAAUUUAGAUAGAUUUUUAAUUUUAAGUAAUCUUGGUCAAGGUUCCUAUGCAACUGUUAAAUUAGCUAGAGAUAAAUUUACAGAAAAGUAUAUUAUGAUGUAAAUUAUAGAUUAAUUGCAAUUAAAAUAUAUUCCAAAUCUAAAUUAUGUAAUUAACAAAGGAGAUAAUAAUUGAAAAGAGAAAUCCACAUACUCAAAUUAUUAGAUCAUCCAAAUAUUAUAAAGUAUGUUAAUACAAUUGAAACAUAAAUGGAUAUUAAUUUAAUAGUAGAAUAUGGUGGUUCUAAGAAUUUGAGAUCAUAUUUGAAAGUAUAAUUAAUCAUCAUUAAUUAUAGUAAUUUCCAAAUAGAAAACUUGAUGAAGAUGAUGCUAAAUUAAUGUUUAGAUAAAUUGUAAAAGCUGUUGAUUAUUGUCAUUCUUUGAAUAUAAUACAUAGAGAUAUUAAACUUGAAAAUAUUCUCUUAAAAGAUAAUAAUGAGAUUAAAUUAAUAGAUUUUGGAUUUUCAGUCUUAGUUAAUAGAGAUUGUAAAUUAGGUGUAUUUUGUGGAACUCCUAGGUAAUAAUAAUUAAAAUAUAAAAUUAGUUAUAUGGCUCCAGAAUUAGUCAAUAAAUAGGAUUAUUUUGGUAAACCUGUUGAUGUAUGGGCUUUAGGAGUUUUACUAUAUGUUUUAUUAACAGGUCAUUUUCCAUUUAAAGGAUCAAAUGAUUCUGAUUUAUAUGGAUAAAUUAAAAAAGGAAUUUAUACAAAAGUUAAUGCAUCACCAUAGUGUCAAAAAUUAAUAUCAUAAAUGUUAACCAUCAGAGCUAAUGAGAGAAUAACAACAUUAAGAGUAUAAAAAAAAUAAAAUACUAGAUCUUGUAAGACAGAUGGUUCAAUUCUUGAUUUUAAUUAAUUUUAUGUAAUAAAGAAUUCGUCUUCAGUUUGCAAAGGAUCUUUAAAAAACUUAUGGUUCAAAAUAAUCAUAAUCAAGUGAAUUAUCUGAUAAUCAACUUCAAUCCUCAUAAAAUUAAUCAUCAUAAGUAUCUUCAUUUGCUUUUAAAACUUCAAUUCCUUAAUUUUCUAAAUAAGAAAUCGAAAAGCAUGAUUAAACCUUGAAAGAACAAACUUAGAUAUAUAAUGAGAGAAAAAAGAGAAACGGAUAGAAAUUUUAGCGUUUAACAAAAGAAUAAUAAUCAUAAUUAGUUAAACUUAUUAAGAGUGAUCCUUAAUUUUAAAAUCAAUUGGCUGAAGCUAUAAUUAAACAUACUGAAAUUACAUCAUUCAUUAAGAAGGCUAACACACUUAAAAUUAUGAAAUCAUUAAAUAAAACAGCAAUUGAAUUUAAAACAAAUAUGACUAAUAAAAUAUAAGCUAUUUUUCUCAAUCACCAAAAUUAAACAUAUAAUAAACUUAAAUAUUUACUAUAAGAAAAAGAGUAAUUAAUGAUUAAAGUAUUGGAAUAAAAAUUAUCUACUUAUGUUGAUAUUAAAUCAAAUUUCAAAGAUGCUUUAUUAAUAUAAUUGAAUAAAACAUUAUAAACUCAUUUAGAAGAAAACUGUAAAAAAUAUGCUUAAGCUUUAUCAUCAUAAUUAUUAAUAAUGUAUGAAGGAAUUGCAUAAAUUAUUGGGCAACAUAUUGAAAUUAAUAAAGAAAAUAAGUUUGAAUAAGAAUUAUAUCAAUAAUUAUAAAAAGUUAAAGAUUACUUUGCUAAUUGUGAAUAAUAAUAUGUUAAAGUAUUUAUAUGAUAAAUAUCUUUUAUAGCGUCUAUAAACAGAUAUGAAUGAACAUUAUAUAAAUGCUAUAUAGACUAUUAUUUAAGUGUAAUAAAAACUUAAAUUAAAAUGA